GGCGUGGUUCGGGUCAUCGUCGAGGCUAUGGGGCUGCACCCGGGCGACCAGCACGUGCAGGAGGAGGGCUGCUCUUUCAUGAAAUCACUCGCCGAAGACGGUGAAGAUGGAUCGGAGCUGGGCAUCAUGAUAGCGAGCCUCGGUGGGAUCGAGGCGAUCGUUCGGGCCAUCAAGCUACACCCAGGCUCAUGGGGCUGUUUUUUCAACGGCUGCUGGGCACUGGCCGGCAUCGCCAGGAAUGACGACAUCGGCGCAAAGAUCGCCGCAAACGGUGGGAUCCAGGCAAUCCUCGAGGCGAUGGAGAUGCACCCA